GAAGCGGCAGGGGGCGUCUUCCGUCCUUUCCACGCUUCCGACAUGUCUCAUCAGACUGGGAUCAAAGCUAAUGAAGAACUGAAAUCGUUUUUUGGACAUUGUAAGGAUGGAAAAGUCAGAGUAAUAAAAAUUAGUAUUCAAAAUGAGCAAUUGGUACUUACUGAUUUUAAAGCACCAAAAGGAACAUGGGAAGAUGAUUAUGACAGAUACAUGCUGAAUUUCAUAGAAGAUAAACAACCAUGUUAUAUUUUUUAUUGCUUGGAUAGUCAAAAUAAUUUAGGAUAUGAAUGGGUAUUUAUUAGUUGGUCACCUGAUGAUUCUCCGGUAAGAGAAAAAAUGCUUUAUGCUUCUACUAAAGCAACUCUUAAGAAAGAAUUUGGUGGAGGACAAAUUAAAUAUGAAUUAUUUGCAUCAACUAAGGAAGAUAUUAGUUUACAAGGCUAUCAUAGGCAUUUAAGAGAAGCAACUGAUCCUGCUCCAUUGACUUUUGCAGAAGAAGAGUUACAGAUGAUUAAAAAAAAUGAAUCUAGAGUAGAUAUAGCCAUUGAUUCAAGACAUCAAACUCUACAAGGUAUAGUUUUUCCAAUUUCUGAUGAUGCAAUAGCUGCAUUAUUUGAUAUGAAAAAUGGGAUUCUUAACUAUGUGCAAUUGAGUAUAGAUAUUGACAAAGAAGAAAUUAAUUUGGAAUCUUGUGAUGACACUAACAUCAACUCUCUUCCCAGCAGAGUUCCACGUGAUCAUGCUAGAUAUCAUUUAUUUUGUUUUCCACAUUCUUAUGAAGGCGAUUAUUUAUUAAGUAAAGUAUUCAUAUAUUCCACACCUGGAUACGAAUGUUCCGUUAAAGAGAGGAUGUUGUAUUCUAGUUGUAAGAGUCCACUUCUGGAUGUCAUCGAAAAUAAAAUAGGAAUUGAAAUAGCUAAAAAGAUCGAGACAGAUGAUCGCUCUGAACUGACCGCACAGUUUCUACUGGAAGAAAUCCAUCCCAAGAAAAACAUACACAGACAGAAAUUUGCCAAACCCAAAGGACCAGGCCACCGUGGACCGCGACGGUUGAUCAGGACCCCCCGGACGGAAGCAGAAGAGGAGAGUGGAGCCCCGGCCCAGAACUGACCCCGAAUCCUGUCUGUGUCCUUUCCACUAUGCAAUCUCCGAUGCCUACCUUCCUGCCAAUUUUGACUUGGUGCAGUUUUUACCAUGUACUUAAAGAAAAUAUAUUUUUAGCUACAUUUUGUACUCAGAAGGCCGCGACCAAAUUCUUAUUUUUGUUUAAGAGGAUUUUACUGGGUGCUGCCCUUCUGCCGGCAAAAGGGUACAUUUACAGAUGUCUUUCUAUUCUUCUGUUUUUGCAUUCUUCCUGGCCAAAAGGAAAUUUUCAGCCUCACCACCGACACAACCAACAUUUGGCAGAUGCCUCAUCCUUGCUGGUGGCAUUAGCACACGUGGAUGGUCCAGGCAGCAAAUUGGUUUUACUGCUGCAUGCACUACGUUUUUUUUUCUUAGUAUUUAACUGGAUACCUCAUAUUUAUUUAUUUUAAGUAUUUAUUUUAUUUCAUCAUGUUAAGUAUCAGUGGCUAAAACUUCUUUUUGCCACCUGCUGUGCAAAAAGUUGCAAUUUAUGUACAGAGAUUCUGCUCCUCUGUCUCCAGUGCAGCCCAGUAAUUUAAAAAUGGUAUAAAAUAGGGUUCUCAAGGGACAUGGAAACUCACUUUCUGCACUUUGGGGUGGGGUGGUGAGAAUACUGCUGGGCAAGUAUUAUUGGCUGCACCUCUCAUCAGAAUGGUAGAUGCCAUUUACUACCUUUGUGCCUUACGUCUUUUGGAGUGGCUCUCCGAUCUGGAAGCCGGUCGUGGAGGAGGAGGAAGGUAAGAGGAGGUAGAAACAAAAAAUGGAAAAUUUGCUGCCUAAAUGAUGCCUAGCCCAUUUGGGUACCCUUAACCCCGGAGGGUUCUUAAACGAAAACCAUAGGGGAGGUCCUGAUUAACUACUUCCGGCACAAACCGGAAGUUCAUAUGUAAUGUUAUUUUGAUUGAAAAAUUUUCUCUGUGUUGAAAUUAGAUAGAUAACUGUCAUGACUCCAUCAUUAAUGAGAAAAGUAUGACGUAUGGGAGCAAGACUACUAAAAUUGAGAGGACAUGACGAAAAAUUGCAGCCUGCCGUGGCAACAUCAUCACAAUAAAUAAUUGCCAGUCCCGAUGACAAAUUUAAAUUAUGGCCAUGUCAGUGUGUUUCAUCUCAUGACUUUUCCCAGUGCAGAUUUCUGGGUUUUCAACGUACAGUAAUUUCAGACGACCGACACCUUUUUGGUAUUUGAACUCUCAGUUUCAUUUAAUUUUCCUAUUAUUUUUUGCACCAUAGCUGCUCUCGCGGCUCAACCCAGAAAAUUUUGGCUCUCGGAUCCAAUAUUGUGUGUUGCCACCAUGGCCAGACAGUAAUUUCUACCGCAUCACUGACCAACAACGUCGCCAAGAGGUGCUGUUUCUCGUAAUCAGAUGAUGAUUAAUUUUUGGCUGGAUGAAAAAAAAUGUGGUAUAAAUUUGCAGAGAUCCAUAAUCCAGGGAAGACGGAAACAGGCAAAUAAACUUUAUGAAUGUCAUUUUUAUAUUCUUCCAGUAGAGAUUAAAGUGGGAGCAAAGUCAGCCCCCACCGGGAGGAGGCAUGGCUUUUGACGUAAAUUGCAAUUUUCUGUAAUUUGAAUAGUUUAAAUCGGUAAUAGUAAUUUUACGUUUUACUUUAGAAAGUUUGAAGGCAUUGAUUUUCCAAGCCCUUUUACCACUUGCGUUUAAAAAAUCAUCUUAUUUAUUUGUGCAAUAUACAAUGGAAUCGUGGUUAAAAGUCUUUUCUAAAAUCUUCCAUUUUGUUCCAUUAGUCAGAUCGGAUGCAAGACUUAAAGCUGACAAAUAUAAGAAAUGCAUUAAGAUUAUUUUUUUUAGCAGCAGACAUUUAUAUUAAGGAGUAUUUGUAAACUUGUAGGACCCUGUCCAACUCAGAGGAGGUUUUGGAAGACCAAACGUAAUCAAAAUACAGGGUGGGGCAGAAAGAAUAAUGUUUUUUAAAAAAUCACAUCAUCUGUAAUUGUUACUACAAAAGAUAUUUGCUUGAAAGAUGUGAGUUCAUACUGAAAUAGCAUUUUACAGAAUCAAGUGUGGUAAACAACAUCUUCCAUGUGGUGUCCGUUAUCAGUGAUGCAUUUCUGGAGGCAAUUUUGGCAACUUCCACGCAAAUAGCUUCCUUCAGUUCUUGCAAAGAACAGGCUUAUGUUCAUAUACACAUGUGUUGAGAUGUUCCCACUAGAAGUAAUCACACAUGGAUAGAGCGGGUGAACUAGGAGGCCAAUGAAUGUCACCAAACCUGGCAAUGAGGCAACCAGGGAAGAGACAGCAAAUAACAUCAAUUGAUGUUCUAGCUGUGUGGGCUGUUGCUCCAUCCUGUUGAAACCACACACAUCUAAUGGGAAUACAUUUCCAUUGUACACAAGGAUGCAGAAACAUAUUCCCAUCAGACGUGUACGACUGAGCGAUCGAUCGAUCCCCUUUGCAUAUGACUGUUUCCUCAGUCGUAUGCAAACACAUGGUGAUCUAUCAUCCACAGCUCCAAGCCUUCAACUGAAAAGACAAUGCUAAGACCUCACUACUUUCAUUCUACCUGCUACACAUCUGUCACUUCACCUGGUGGUGAGUUGUAGCCAUUUUAAAAACAUCCGUCCUUUCUGCCCCACCCAGUAUAAUUGUGGGGAAUGGGUGGUGGCCGGCACAUGUUUACGUAGAAGGGCCGACUUUUGGAAGGGAACUCCUUUGUCCAAGGGCUUAAAAUUAGCCAAUUCUCCCCGUUCCUCUUUCGAGGGACCGAAAGAACAUCUGUAAAUGGAAUUUUAUUUCCAGGUGCGACUGUCUGCUUAAUAAAACAACAUUUUGUUGGCAAAUAAUACCUAAACAAAGGAAGAUGAAAUUAGAAAAGGGACCACACAUCAUCUCAUUUAUUUAUUUUUAGGUUGUGAUGUUUGGGGUUUUAGACCAAUGUGUUUUAUCGCGCUUAUUUAUUGUUGUUUGGUUAUUUUGUGGCACAUAGCUCUGUCCAAAUAACGAUUUUUGAAAAUUGUACCUGUCUGUGGCGGGAAAGAGGCUUACUUUAUUC